CUCGCUGCAGCGCUGUUACAGGCUGAGAGAGUGGCUGCCUGACUGCCAGAAGAUCUACCGUCUCGCUCUCAAGCAUUGCAACUUGCGGUCUUGCGGUUGUUUACGUUACCUUUAAACUUUUAAAAGGCCAGACGAACGGCGUACUUUGAUGUUUAAAGGUAUGAUGGGCUCCUCGUAAAAGCAGAUCCCUAAAUGAAACUGCGCAGAGGACUUGUGGCAUAUAAUGCAAUGACAGCACAGUCAGACAUUCUCUGGUGAAUGGAGCUGGGUAAGCAGUGAUGAUGCGUUGUCUGUCAGCCCGGGUUCACUACAAGACCUUGAUAGUGAUCUGUGCACUCCUCUCCCUGCUCACGGUCGUCCUGUGGAACAGAUGCACAAGCGAAAAGUCUCUCCGCUUUCUCCCUCGGCACCCUCAGCCCCCUCCCAGCCCUAAAAUAGACAGCCAUCCGCAGCAGCCCCAGCCCCCUGAACCGCCACCUGUGGUGGGCGGAGUACGUUACGAAGAGAUUGACUGCCUGAUCAAUGAUGAUGUCACCAUUAAGGGCCGUCGAGAAGGCAGCGAGGUGUAUCUGCCCUUUGGCUGGAUGGAGAAGUACUUCGAGGUGUACGGGAAGGUGGUCCAGUACGACGGCUACGAUCGGUUUGAGUUUUCUCACAGUUACUCCAAAGUAUACGCCCAGAGAGAGCCAUAUCAUCCCAGCGGAGUAUUCAUGUCCUUCGAAGGGUAUAACGUGGAAGUGCGUGACAGAGUCAAGUGCAUCAGUGGAGUGGAAGGAGUACCUUUAUCCACCCAGUGGGGCCCUCAAGGAUAUUUCUAUGCUAUUCAAAUAGCUCAGUAUGGCCUGAGUCAUUACAGCAAAAACCUGACAGAGCGUUCGCCCCAUGUGGAGGUGUACGACACGGCGGAGGAGAGAGACAGCAGAUCUAGCACAUGGAGCAUCCCUAAGGGUUGCUCUCUCACCAGAGUCUAUGACAAGACCAGAACCACAUUCGUUCGACAGUUCAGCGCUACAGAUAACUCGGAGGGCAUCUCGCUUCCCCUUGGCAACACAAAAGAUUUCAUCAUCUCUUUCGAUUUGAAGUUUACGUCCAAUGGUAGCAUCUCCGUUGUCUUGGAGACCACCGAGAAAGGGCCUCCAUUUGUUAUCCACUACGUAAGUACCACGCAACUCAUUUCAUUGAAGGACCGUGACAUCACCUAUGGAAUUGGCCCUCGGACUGCAUGGACCACAGUCACGCGUGACCUCCUCACUGACCUCCGCAAAGGCAUCGGCCUGUCCAACACCAAAGCGGUCAAAGCCACCAAGACUAUGCCUCGGCGUGUCGUGAAGGUAGUGCUUCACGGCCACGGCACAAUAGACAAUAUCACAAUCUCCACCACUUCACACAUGGCGGCGUUUUUCGCCGCCAGCGAUUGGCUGGUGCGCAACCAGGACGAGCGGGGUGGUUGGCCGAUCAUGGUAACUCGUAAACUCGGGGAGGGUUUUCGCUCUCUAGAGCCCGGUUGGUAUUCUGCUAUGGCACAAGGGCAGGCGAUGUCUACGUUGGUGCGUGCCUACCUGUUCACAAAAGACGACACUUACCUAAAGUCCGCCUUGCGUGCCACUGGACCUUUCAAACUGCCCUCGGAGCAGCACGGGGUCAAAGCUGUGUUCAUGAAUAAAUACGACUGGUAUGAGGAGUAUCCCACAAUCCCUAGCUCCUUCGUCCUGAAUGGGUUUAUCUAUUCCCUCGUAGGCCUGUAUGACCUGGCACAAACAGCGGGUGAGAAUCUCGGUAGGGAAGCAGGCCAGCUGUUCAGCAAGGGGAUGGAGUCCCUCAAGGUUAUGCUGCCCCUGUACGAUACAGGGUCGGGCACCAUCUACGAUCUGCGCCACUUUAUGCUGGGCACCGCACCCAACCUGGCACGCUGGGACUACCAUACAACGCACAUCAACCAGCUCCAGCUGCUAGGUUCUGUUGACAACUCGCCCAUCUUCAGGGACUUCAUCAAGCGCUGGAAAAGCUACCUGAAAGGAGGGAGGGCCAAGCACAACUGAAAUGGAGCACAGGGGGCCUAUUAAAUCUCUUUCAAAUCCUCUUCCUGACUGCCACCGUAAGGACCAGAGGAGGCCAAGUGUAAGACUUCUAGCCAUGGUCUGCUGCAGUUUGUUGCAGGGGAAAAAGGACUGAACACUCUGGUAGCCCUCUGAUUUUCUGUUUGAGACAGUAAUUGCAGUGCUUCUUGUGUGUGUGUGCUGAGGUUUUAAUUAGAAACGAACGCAGCUGCUUGCAGCAUGUGUCUUGUUGAGGAGGGGAGGGCUUUGGUAUUUUAAUAUUCAAAGCUUCAGAUCUGCAGGUCUGAGUGAGAAUGUGUCUGCCUGAGAUUUGCCACAUCUGGGCACACUUCAGUCGAGACGAGAUGAGUGCAAAGCGGCUUUCAGAAUCUUCUUCCAAAAUAACGCUCAGAAAUGAAUGGGUCACCAGACAGGCAAAAUCUUUUAAAAUAAACAGUUAAAAAGGACUGUAGAGAAAUCAACUUAAGCUGUAAUAGAUGUUUGAUAAGAUAUAAGUUUAUAACCCAUGACUAGAAUAGUAAGGCAUAUAAGCUACAGGGGAAAUGUUGAAGAUGUCCACGAGUGUAGCAUUGCUUGUUUCAGAGAGCAGUUAUAGUUUACUUUUUCGGAUUGAUGUUGGAUAGACACACAACACCUCAUGUUCAACCCACACUUCAUGAUGCAUCAUACUCUUUAACUCUCACCACAAUCAUUAAAUGGACAUUCCACUUUUUUAAAAUAUGCUCAUUUCCAGCUCCUCUAGAGUUAAACAUUUGACUCUUACCAUUUUGGAAUCCAUUCAGCUGAUCUUCGGGUCUGGUGCUACCACUUUUAGCAUAGCUUAGCACAAUUCAUUGAAUCUGAUUAGACCAUUAGCAUCGGGCAAAAAAUAACUAAAGAGUUUUAAUAUUUUUCCUAUUUAAAACUUGACUUUUCUGUAGUUACAUCGUGUACUAAGGCCGACAGAAAAUUUAAAGUUGCGAUUUUCUAGGCAGAUAUGGUUAGGACUAUACUCUCAUUCUGGCAUAAUAAUCAAGGACUUUGCUGCCGUACCAUGGCUGCAGGAGGCGCAAUGAUAUUACGCACUGCCUAAAAAUAGUACCCUGCCAUUAAAAGUAACCAAGGGGACUAUUAUCGGGCAGUGCGUAAUAUCACUACACCUCCUGCAGCCAUGUUACAUCAGCAGCGUCCUUGAUUAUUACGCCAGAAUGAAAGUAUAGUUCCUAGCCAUAUCUGCCUAGAAAAUCACAACUUUUAUUUUCCGUCAGUCUUAGUACACAAUGUAACUACAGAAGAGUCAAGUUUUAAAUAGGAAAAAUAUCGAAACUCUUUGGGUUUUUUUUAGCGCGAUGCUAAUGGUCUAAUCAGAUUCAAUGGAUUGUGCUAAGCUAUGCUAAAAGUGGUAGCGCCAGACCCGGAGAUCAGCUGAAUGGAUUUCAAAACGGUAAGAAUCAAAUGUUUAACUCUAGGAGAGCUGGAAAAUGAGCAUAUUUUCAAAAAAAGUGGAAUGUCCCUUUAAGGCUGUCAAUAAUACAGUCCUGCCUAUUAUGUAUUCGAAGCUUUAGAAAGCUGGUUGAAGGUGCAGAUAUCUUAAGUUAUUAAGUGUAGACUUAAAGCUUUGAGUACAUCACGUCAGUAGCUUUAUCAGAAUUUUAAGGAGCUCAGUACAGUGGUGUAGGCCAUGGUGUUUAUCCGUGUAGUGAAUAUCUGAAACCUCAGUUGAAGUAAGUUUCAUGUAGACUGGUCAUGCACUUUACUUCUGUGGCAUGCAUGUGUGUGUGGUGAGGAUGCCUUUAUAGAAAUACUUGUGAGGAAUGAUCAGUUCAGUUCUGACAUUUAUUCAGUAUUUCAUUUCAUACCUUAAUAUGAAUAAUUUUCAACUUUGUUUGCUGAAUCCAGUGUUAUUGUAGCUAUAUCUAUUUUCGGUGACGGUAUUUUGAGCAUAUUUUUGAACUCAAUCUUGUUUGGUUAAUGUCAAACACCAAAAUAUAUAGAGCAAAAGAAUGGGGAUAUGUUUACUCUCACUCUCCCUACGUCAAUAAAAUAAUUUAAACUCCUCACUGGCCAAGCUUCAGAGCGUGGAGACCGUAAGAUUUUUUUUUUGAGCUUGAAAAGGUUUUGCUAAUGUUGUCCUGAUGUUUCAGAGGGAUUAGUCGCUUGACCUCAUGCAGCAGAAAAACUCCACGUGUCUGAAUUCUGUUUAUCUUACCUGAACAUAGUAGCCGAGAUUCCAUUAUCUGGCAACCUGCUGCUUGGAAUCAUCUCGAACAGAUGUUUUAACAUUAGGAUUUUUUUGGGAUUUAGAUUCUCUGCAGGAAAAUAUGACAUUUAUAAAGGUUUGACAUCAAAGCUGCUGGUUUGUUGAUGCUUGUUUGACUGCAUCUAAAGGCUGUGCUGUAACUGUGUUAACCCUUUUUCAGUUGAAAACUCAUUUAUUUUCCCCAUGAAAAUCAGGUCGCUAUUCAUGGAUAUCAGAAGUAAUACUAUGCACAUCUCAUAUUUGUCACUUGGUGGGCGAAUAAAAUAUUAAAAUGUAGACUGGCGUUACUACAGAGAGCCUAUACGUUUUGUUUAUACCAAAGUCUUUCAAGUUUAAGUUGUUUUAUUUGAGACUUUCGUUCUUGGUUGUUGUGUAAUGAAGAGCAUAGAGCAUUUAGAGGUCAUUUUUUUAGUUUGGAAAAAAGGAGGAAUGUUUUAGGAGUGGUACAUAUUUAUGCCUUCCUCCUCUGAGGAAAUGCCUUUUUGAUACUAUUUUUGUCAGUGUAGAUUUCUAUAAUGUGGAGUGUGUAGCAAAUGGAACAGGGAAAAUAUUAUUAAUCAUCGCUGUUUAUGGGAAUGUGUGCAACUCAUGAUGUAGAGCUCAGCGCUGUGUGUUUCAAAAGGAAAAAGAGAUUUGGAACAAGAUAUUUGUUCUUUGAAUCUUUUUCGAAUCAGCCUCCUUUUGAAAUUGGUUCAAUAAAACGUUUUGUUUGCAUUUGUGUGAACUCCUCAGAAUAAAUGUAUAAAGCACAACAAUAGUUUAUUUUAGUUAAUUUAUUCUCUUUUUUUAUAAUAUUUGUGCUCUGGACAAUGUGCAAAAUCUUCCUCUGAAAGCUGCUGCAGUUUCAAAUAUUGAAACUGUAGAGUUCAGGUUGAUCUUCUUUUCUUUCUUUUCCUUUCUUUCUUUCUUUCUUUACUGUGUUCUUUCCAUUCAUAGCUUAUAAACAGACAUGCAAGAUGUGUUUCAUGUGUAUGCAAUAAAUGGUUGAACUGGAUCGCGACAGCUUGCACACCCAGAGGUUGUACAGACUUCGCAAAGGAAGCACAAUGUGCACGUGCGAUCGUUUUUAUGCAGGAAAAAUGUUUAUUAAAGUCUUUGUGCUUUAAAAUAGCUUUUUUAAAGUUGUAUUAAUAAAGGCAUUUCUUUUUAUACACAA